ACACCGUCUACUUGUCUUACUCUACAUUCUCUUCUGUAUUAAAAAAAGAAAAAACAGUGCUUUAAGAUCACCAUGACUUAACUCAAAACCUUAGUAAUUACCCUAUUUUCAAUUGAAUGGAACGACACCAUCUUAAAGAACCCAACAAAAAGCACAACGUUGGUGCCUUGUUUUGGUGGUUAACAGUGUCCAUGAUCGCAUGUCUCCUACUAGUUGCUGCUGUUGUUUAUGUAGUAACCAAGUUUGAGGUUGGUCACUCUGAUUCAGCUCAACUCACUUCUCAAACCACCAAAGUUGUUCAGAAAUACGCCUCUGCUCUUCAAUUGGCUCUGCAAUUUUUCGACGUCCAGAAAUCGGGUAAGGUUGAGAAUCAGAGGAUUUCGUGGCGAGGGGAUUCUGGGCUUCGAGAUGGGAGUGAAGCGGAUUUGGAUUUGUCGAAAGGAAUGUAUGAUGCGGGUGACCACAUGAAAUUUGGGUUCCCCAUGGCUUUCACUGCAACUGUGUUGUCUUGGGCGAUUCUUGAAUACGGAGAUCGCAUGGACGCGGUGAAGCAGCUACACUAUGCACUUGACUCUUUAAAGUGGAUCACUGAUUAUCUUGUUAAUGCACACCCUUUUCCAGAAGUGCUUUACAUUCAGGUGGGGGAUCCUGAGGUGGAUCAUAAUUGCUGGGAAAGGCCUGAGGACAUGGAUGAAGAAAGGCCACUCACUCAAGUUAACUCAUCUUUUCCAGGAACAGAAGUUGCGGCUGAAACUGCAGCUGCAUUGGCCUCAGCAUCUCUUGUUUUUAAGCAGAUUGACUUCACUUAUUCUAGGAUUCUCCUUGGACAUGCUCAACAGCUGUUUAUUUUUGCUGAUACAUAUAGAGUUUCCUACAGUGUCAGCAUCCCUCAAGUGCGGAAUUACUACAACUCAUCUGGUUUUGGGGAUGAACUCUUGUGGGCAGGUGUAUGGCUCUAUCAUGCAACUAAGGAUCCUUCAUAUCUCAAUUAUGUCACAGAGCAGAAUGAAAAAUCAUUUGGCGGUUUAGGAAUCGUAUCGUGGUUUAGCUGGGAUGAUAAACAUGCUGCAACUCAGGUUCUUUUGUCCAGAAUAAGUUUCUUUGGGGCAAAAAACAUCCCAGAUGCGGAGAACCUUGACCUUCAGAUGUACAGAGAAAGUGUUGAAAUCCUCAUCUGCACGCUUCUACCUGAUUCACCAACAGCCACCACCAACAGAACUGAAAGUGGACUGAUAUGGCUGGUGCCAUGGAACUCUUUGCAAAAUUCAGUGGCUUCUGCAUUCUUAACUAUUCUAUACAGUGACUACAUGCUCACAUCUCAAACCGAAACACUGUACUGUAGUGGGAAAUUGUAUAAACCAGUAGAUCUUCGCAAAUUUGCCAUUUCUCAGGCAGAUUAUGUGUUGGGUGAAAAUCCUAUAAAUAUGAGUUAUCUUGUGGGCUAUGGAAGUCACAACCCCAAUUACAUACAUCACAGAGGAUCUUCUAUUCCAGUUAAUGCUACAACUGGUUGCAAAGAUGGAUUCAAGUGGUUUCACUCAACUUACCCCAAUCCUAAUAUAGCAUUUGGAGCAUUAGUUGGUGGUCCUUUCCUUAAUGAGACAUACAAUGAUUUCAGAAACAACUCAAUGCAAGCUGAGCCAACAACAUAUAACAGUGCUCUCUUUGUUGCUCUCUUGUCUGGUUUAGUUGCAAGUUCCACUGUACCAUUCUCCUUCUUCUAAACUUGUAUCAUCCAGAUAUGUGAGAAUGAAGAAUAUAUAGU